AUGAUUUGUCACCCGAUUUUAGUCUCUUCUUAUACAUUCGCAGGCUUAACCCUGGUAUCUAUCGUGUUCGAUCAGGAAUUGGAUGACCGAUAUAUUGCCAUUCUUAUAGCUGAAUUCAGUAAAGCUAUUAUUGGUUAUGUUGCUGCUAUCAACCUACAUAAAAUUCCACCGCCAAUAUUCGUAAAGUAUUAUACUACCGCCCAUUUAACAACCACUAAAUCUUCGACAACACACUUGAUGGUUUCAAUGUUGACCACAGUAACAAUAACUCAAGGUGCUUCUCGUAGUAUACUUUCAAAUAAUUUGUUCGCAAUUUGCUUAUGUUUCAUAGCAUACGUUGAAUGA